AUGGAACCAUACAACCAAACUCUAACCAGCUCCUUCAUCCUUCUUGGCCUCUCGAGCGUCCCGUACCUUCAGGUCAUCUACUUCCUGAUCUUCUUCCUCAUUUACAUCAUCACAUUGUCAGGAAAUGUUCUCCUCAUUGUACUGGUGAGGACGGACAACCAGCUGCAGACCCCCAUGUACUUCUUCCUCACCAACCUCUCCUUCAUUGACAUCUGCUUCUCCUCCACCAUUGUGCCCAAACUCCUUGUAAACACCGUAUCUCAGGACAGAAGCAUUUCCUUCCUGGGAUGCGCCUCGCAGAUGUACUUCUCCCUGGCUCUCGGGGCCACCGAGUGCAUCAUUUUGGCGGUCAUGGCCUACGACCGAUACGUGGCCAUCUGCAUCCCUCUACGGUACCAGGUGAUCAUGCGCCGGAGCUUCUGCCUUUCUCUGGCCGCUCUCUCAUGGACUGUCAGCUUCCUGAACUCUGUGAUCCACGCCGUCCUCACCUUCCGGCUCCCCUACUGCAAGUCCAACCUGGUCCGGCACUUCUUCUGCGAGAUGCCACCACUCUUCCGGCUCUCCUGCAGCGACACCUUGUUCAAUGAAGUUGCCGUCUACAUCUCCGGGGGGCUCAUCGCUCUUUGCUCCUUCCUGCUGACCCUGACCUCCUAUUUCCACAUCAUCUCCACCAUCCUGACGAUCGGCUCCAACAAAGGCCGAUCCAAGGUCUUCUCCACCUGUGGCUCCCACCUGGCCGUGGUCUCCCUCUACUAUGGCGCCAUCGCCUUCAUGUACCUACGACCUCGCUCCAGCUACUCCCCGGACCGUGACCGGGCAAUUUCCAUGCUUUAUACCGUGGUGACCCCCAUGCUGAAUCCCGUCAUCUAUAGCAUAAGGAACAAAGAGGUCAAAGGGUCAUUGAAACGGAGGCUGGCCAGGAGGAGGUCUAUGUGGUGCCAUAGGACAACAUACAUCUAA